UUUGACAACUGCCAAAUCACUGUCUCUUUCGCUGCUGUAACUUGUAAACAUGAACAUAUUUUAUCAUCUUCAAUCUGUUUUCAAUUCAGGGUCCAAUUAAUAAUUUAAUAGUUAUAUAUCGAUGAUUUUCUCCAAUCCAUGAAUUUCCAAAAUAAAAAUAAGGAAUUAUGAAGAUCUGAACGUUGAAGCAAGGAAUCGUAAACGUCAAACAACAUCCAAUCCAAAAGAAAAUAUGAGGACAUUCUUUCUUGUGAUCUUAAUUUUAUAUAUAACAAAAACAGCUUGGUGCCAGUCUUUAUCUGAUGAUAAACGCUGUAAAUGCAUAUGUCCUAAAGUAUCCAUUCUUACCAAUAACACUGAAAUUGUUGAUGGAGAGCGUAUCAGAUAUGUUGCCAAUGUGCCCCCAAAUAAAUGCAAUUGCAUGGAUGUAGUAAUUCCCAAAAUUGCAAACCAGUUAAAUGGCAAGGAAGGUGAAUUUUGUCCUAGAUGUGAAUGUAAAUAUGAGAAUCGAAACACAACUAUCAUAAAAGUGGUAGUUAUUAUUGUGAUAUGGAUCAUAGCAGCUCUAGUAGUGUAUAUGGCGUUUUUGAUUGUGCUUGAUCCACUCUUGAAUAAAAGAAAGAAGGGUAGUUACCAAGAACACACCAAUGAAGAGUGGAGAAGAAAACGAUACAGACAAUCAAGAUUCAAUAGUGAUGAUGAACUGUUGAAUUUACUGGAUGGCUCUGAUGGUGAGGAAGUGAUCGAAAAUGAGGAUACCAUGGAAAUGGUUUAUCUACCAUUAGAGGAAUACAAAGGGAAUUCUGAUGAAGAUGGGAGUAAUGAUGAGCUUCUGGAUAUAAGAAACAUUAUGAAUAAAAAUGGUAUUAUUCAAAAAUGUGCCUCAAGUAAUAGAACACAAAUAAGAGUACACCAAAAUAAUAAAAUUGUUGAUUCUGAGAAUUUUCUAAUAGACCUGGAUACGGUCAAACAUAGUGAAGAGAAGAGAGGAGUCAAUCAAACUUUGAAAUAUGACUUAAAAUCGAUUUGAAUUAUUGACUUAGAAAAAAAUACGUGGAACAAUUUUUUGGAAGACAUGGAAGGGAAGUUCAACGAAAUGCAGUAUAUUUUUCCAUUGUGAUGAAGUAAUUAGGUGUAAGAUAUAAAAAAUCGAUAUACUUACUUAGUUUUUUUUUCUUAUUUUUCGAGUUAUUUUUAAUUUUUCUUGUAACUAUUGUGAGUUCAAAGAAUAUAUAUUUUUCAUUGUUG